AUGGGGAAUUGUUCUCUAAAAGGGGGUACCGGGAAAGGUCCCAACUGCGUCCGGAUUGUGAAGGACAAUGGAGGCAUACUAGAGCUGGAAGGUCCCACACCAGUUCAAGAAGUCCUUGGAGAUUUCCCCGGCUAUGGUGUUUUCUGGCAGGGCCAAAUGUCAUCGCCGGUAAGUGACUCUGCCCAACUUCUCAAUGGCCAAGUCUACUAUCUUCUUCCACUUGUGAAGGAAACAAGGACUCAGGUCUCUGAUACGGGGCAAGACAAUGAGUGGCCUAGUCGGAGGGAGCUUCUGACAUCGAGGGAGUCGCUGGAAAUGGCACCUGACCCUUUUACAGGCUCGUCCCUGGAGGUGUUGCCGUCACCGGGGAAGGGUGUUUGGAGAGUGAAAGUGGUGAUGGGUAGCAAACAGUUGGAGGAAGUGCUGGCAGAGGAGGUGACCAUGGAGGCUUUGAUUCAGAAAACGAGAAUGGCAGCUGCAAACUCAUCAGCUGGUCUGGUUCCUAGGAGGACAAAGAGCCACUGGGGAGGAAGUUGGAAACCACCAGCCCUCUAA